AUGAAGCUUCUUCAUAGCUGCAACUUACUUGCACUAUGCACUACAUACCUUGGUGUGAUUCUUCUCUUUUCUAGAAGCCUACUAUGCUUGCGAAAUGCCACUGCUGCUGCCGCUCCAACAAACGAGAGUGAUCGUUUGGCUUUGCUCAAAUUCAAAGAAUUGAUAGCCAAUGACCCAUUUAACAUCUUUACCUCUUGGAAUGAUACCAUCCACUUCUGCAACUGGCAGGGAAUUACAUGCGGCCGCAAGCAUCAAAGAGUUAUGGCCUUGGACCUACAUGGCAGUUCCUUAAGUGGAUCCAUAUCACCUUACAUUGGCAACCUCAGCUUUCUUAGGGUGGUUAACCUCUCAGACAACUUCUUACACGGGGAAAUUCCACAUCAGGUCACUCAUCUGUUCUGGCUACAACGUCUGGGUCUCAGCAAUAACUCGUUGACAGGGAAAAUCCCAAGCAACUUCACCAACUGUCCUGAACUCAAAUAUAUAAUUUUGACAAGGAAUAAACUUACUGGGAAUAUUCCUAAUGAGCUGGGAUCAUUGUUGAAGCUUGUGAGACUUCAGGUUUUCCAGAAUCAUUUGAUAGGAGGCAUCCCGCCUUCUUUGGGAAAUGCUUCUUCACUCGAAGAACUUGACUUUGACUUUAAUAAUUUCGUGGGAAAUAUUCCAGAUGAAAUAGGCUGUUUGCAGAUGUUAUCUUUCUUCAGAGCUGCGGGCAAUAAUUUGUCUGGUACGAUCCCUUAUGCCCUUUACAAUAUAUCAACUUUGAGGACCAUUAAAGUUGGAUUUAACCGAAUUAAUGGCACUCUUCUGGCCAACAUAGGCCACACUCUCUCUAAUCUCCAAGUUUUGGACAUCAUGAAAAACGAAUUCUCUGGCCCAAUCCCAGUUUCGCUAUCCAAUGCUUCUCAGCUUGAAUUACUUGAUCUCUCCUAUAACUAUUUUGUGGGGCAAGUUCCAACUGAUCUAGGAAACCUGAUAAAUGUCAACUUACUCGGUGUUGGUGGAAAUAUACUUGGAAGUAAUUCAGCCAAGGACCUGGAUUUCUUAAUGUCUUUGGAAAACUGCACCAAAUUGGAAACGCUAGGCUUUUUGAAUAAUAAUUUUGGAGGUAGUUUACCUAAUUCUAUAGGAAAUUUGUCGAAGCAACUUAGUGCUUUAUAUAUUGGUGGCAAUCAAAUAUAUGGGAUUAUUCCUGCAGCAUUAGAAAAUCUCAUCAACUUAACUAUCCUCGCCAUGCAUGAAAUUAAACCUGUUCACAGGCACCAUUCCCACUUAUUUGGGGAAGUUCCAAAAGCUGCAAGGAUUGUAUUUGUAUGGAAAUAG